UUCCUUUUCUUUUUUUUUUUUGCUUCUCUUUGUCUGUCUUCUCCCGCUAUAUACAGGGUAUCCCAUUUCAUUUUGACUCUUUUCUUAAUAUAUACUUGGCCUGAAAAAAGAGCUAUGUCAGGUUUAUAUAAUCACAACUUUUCACCUUCAAGAGCUGCAUCUCCUCAGAUUAGAACUAAUCCAGAUGUCGAAAGUAAUCAGUACUUGUCAGAAUUGUUGGCAGAGCAUCAAAAGAUUGGUCCUUUCAUGCAAGUUCUUCCCAUAUGUAGCACACUGUUGAAUCAAGAGAUUGUGAGGGUAUCAGGAAUGAUGCCAAACCAAGGUUUUGGUGAGCUAGAUAGGUUUCGGCAUAGAAGUCCCAGCCCUAUGACUUCACCAAACCUUAUGUCAAAUGUUGGCGGAACAGGAUUGGGUGGUUGGAGUGGACUUGCGCAGGAGAGAUUAAGUGGAGCUCCUGGAAUGUCAAUGGACUGGCACGGGGCACCAGCAAGUCCUAGUUCAUACACUGUGAAAAGGAUAUUGCGCUUAGAAAUUCCAUUGGAAACUUACCCAAAUUUCAAUUUUGUUGGGCGACUUUUGGGUCCAAGGGGCAAUUCCUUGAAACAGGUGGAAGCUACUACAGGAUGUCGUGUGUAUAUUAGAGGAAGAGGGUCAAUAAAGGACCCGGAUCAGGAGGAGAACCUGCGUGGAAUACCAGGAUAUGAGCACCUGAAUGAACCACUCCAUAUUUUAAUCGAGGCGGAAUUACCAGCCAAUAUCGUGGAUAUUAGAUUGAGACGGGCACAAGAAAUUAUAGAGGAGUUGCUCAAGCCAGUGGACGAAUCACAGGAUUAUAUAAAGAGACAACAAUUGCAUGAACUUGCCAUGCUAAAUUCAAAUUUCAGGGAUGAGAGUCCCGGACCAAGUGGCAGUGUCUCUCCUUUCAACACCGGUGGAUUGAAACGCCCCAAGACUGGUUGUUGAGAAGUUCAGACAUUUAAUUUCUUCAUCUCAUAGCUACGUUGCUAGCUACCUAAACCCGAGAUAUGAAUAGAGAAAGAGGUCCCUUGGGCGUUGUGGAUUUUAUUUAUUUUUCCAGCAGAAGAAACAAAAAAAGAAAGGGAAUAUAUAGGUAGAAUAUAUCUUGUGGGUUAUAGUUGGUUCUUUGGAUUAAUUUUUGGUCAUGUCAGUGUCUCUGAACGUUUUCCUUUUGAUUUGUUCUUGUGUUAGUAAUUGCUUUAUGAAAUAUUCUCUCACUAUGUCUCAUUAUACUGUUUGUGGUUCGGGAAAUCAAGAGAAGAUGUGUAUGAAUAAGACAUCGAAGAAGGAAAAUUAUUGAAUAGAGGAACUUUCGAGCAUUUGUGGAAUGUGUGGAUAGAUAUUUCUUUGACUUGGCCAUCGUGUCGAGUUAAAUUGAACAAUUAUUAUCAAAGAUGCACCAAUAUAGGUGCUUUUACUA